UCCUUCGAUCCCAACCGACUCUCACCCAUCUCGACGAGUUUUAUCGCCGGGAAAUAUAACAAAAUGGGUAUUUGCAGUUCUUGCGAGUCAACUCACUUAGCCACUGCAAAACUGGUUCUACAAGACGGGAGAUUACAGGAAUACCCUUACCCUGUCAAGGUCUCAUACGUAUUACAGAGGAAUCCGUCUUCGUUUAUUUGCAACUCGGACGAGAUGGAGUUCGACGACGUCGUUACAGAAUUAGACGACGACGAAUUGCUCCAACCGGGUCAGCUUUAUUUCGCCUUACCGUUGAAUAGAUUGAAGCAGCCACUACAGGCGGAAGAGAUGGCCGCAUUGGCUGUGAAAGCAAGCUCCGCCUUAAUGAAGAGUGGCGAUAAAUGUGGGUGUCGUCGGAAAUCGGUUUCACCACUCGUGUUUCCCGGCGAUAAUGAUAUGAAGGCUUCUAACAGGGCGUCUGCCACAGGUGGGAGAGGGAGGAGGGGUGACGGCGGUGGGAGGAGAAAGGAAUUUAAGGCACUGUUGAGUGCAAUUCCGGAGUAGGGGCAGUUUGGGAAAUGUACCCGUCGUAAAUGUGUAAAUAUAGAAAGAAUUUGUUCAAUCUUGGUGGAACUGACGGUGGUUUUGGGAGGUAAUUAGCGGGUUUCCACCCAAUUUGGGGAAUCUAGUUCUUUUGAAUGUCAACCAUGUAAGACUGUUACAAUUUUGCCCCUGUAUGGUCCGAUCUCGAUCUGCAUUAGAUACCGAUGAUUGUGUGUCCAUAUU